AUGGCCCGCCUCCCGAUCGCGGUGGUCCCGAAAGAGGUGCCGGGGCUGCCGACACAGCCGCACCCGUCGCCCUCGCCGCUCCAGCAGUUGAUCGCGCACACCGUCGCCGCGACAGACUAUGAUGCUGUCUGUGUCCCCCUCACAAACGGCCUGUGGCAGGACCGGUGGGAGCGCCUGUGUCUGCGCCCCGCCGACGACGACGACAGCCUCAGCUUGGAUAGUGCGAGCAGCCCAUGGCCGCAACGGCUCGACACCGACCGCGAGGCGGACGAGUGGAGGAAAGAACCGAGCCUGAACCGCGACGAAUGCAACAUCACACGCCUCGAGGAGAGCCAGGGCGUCAUUGCCCUCGCGAGCGAGUGGCUCGAGAUCGACUCGCCAGACGAGGGCAUCCGCUUCGACUCUGAACUGAGUUCAAUUCCCGGCGCCGCGCCCGUCGCCGGGUGGGUCGUUAGAAAGAACGCUGACAACCAGGGACUCCGUGCCGAGAUGCAGCAUGCGCUCUACCUGGCGCUGCCGGUGCUUGUUCUGCCUGCGCCGCAAUUGGCGAACCGGGCAUGGCUGCCGUCUCUCCGACCCGCUGGAGCUGGUGCCGGGGCCGGCGGUCGAGGGUCCCGCGCGGCCACAACAUCACCGGCGCAUCUCAUCCUUAUCCUCGCGACCGCCGAGCAUCCACCAGGCGCAGCUGAGCAUUUCGCAGCUGACGCAGCUCGCAAACCCGAACGGCAACGGCGCGCCAAACGGCACCGGAGCGGCCGGCGCGCGCAUCGUGCCGACGACGAGCCAGAACUCGGGCAUCAGCUCGAAGAGCAUGACGCACAGCGCACUCGCAGGCGACCCAUCGUCGACGUGGGAGAUGUGGGAUGCGAUCCGGAGUCUCUGCGGUUACAACCCGCGGUUGACCGUGCUGCUGGACCUGAGCACGCCGCUGCCGCCGAGUGUGGCUUCAUCCCGAACGCCAAGGGCUACCCUGUGCUGAGCAAGGCGUGCCAGGCGUUCCUGCGCGGCCUGACGCGGCAAACGCCCACCCUCGUCCUCAGCGACACGGACACGCACCGACACCCCUCGGGCGGACCCAACGCCUACCUCCAGUACGUGCGGCACAUUACGUCGCAGGGCGCGCCCGCGUCGACGAUCAGCCCGCAAGGGCCCGCAGAGGUUGCGGGCGGCUACGGCGACUUCCUGCAGGCGCCGCUGCAGCCGCUGAUGGACGACCUGGGGGCGGCGACGUACGACGUCUUCGAGCGCGAUCCAGUCAAGUAUGCGCAGUACGAGGAGGCGAUCUACCUCGCUGUCAUUGACAAGAUUGCGGUCGCCGAGGCGGCGGGGCUGAUGGCCGACCUCGUCAUUGUCAUUGCCGGCGCAGGCCGAGGCCCCCUCGUGACCUGCACGCUGGCGGCGCUGGAGCGCGCCAAGCGUCCUGCGCGCGUGUACGCGGUCGAGAAGAACCCAAACGCCUUCACAACGCUGCAGGAGCGCAAGGCGAUCGAGUGGGGCGACAGCGUCGACAUUCUCUUUGGCGACAUGCGCGAGCUCCCCGUGCCCGAGCUCGCGGACAUUCUCGUGUCCGAGCUCCUGGGCUCGUUUGGCGACAACGAGCUGUCCCCCGAGUGCAUAGACGGCGGCAUGCGUUUCCUGAAACCGGACGGCAUCAGCAUCCCCAUAAGCUACACGGCGCACCUUGCUCCAUUGGCCAGCGCCAAAUUGCACCAGGACGUCAUGAGCCGCAAGGACGGCGCGGCAGAGGUGCCCUAUGUCGUCAUGAUGCAGAAUGUCAACCUGCUCUCGGGCGACGGGGGCGGUGCGUCUGGCCGCUGUGGAGAGCGCAUCCAGCAGUGCUGGCAGUUUGAGCAUCCGCGGCGGGACCUCAUCCUCGGCGCGAACGGGCUGCCAAUCACCAACUCGCACAACACGCGCUCCGCCACGCUCACCUUCCACAUUCCGCACGCGUCCUCCUGUCAUGGCUUUGCGGGAUACUUUGAGGCACACCUGUACGGCAACAUUGGCCUCAGUAUCCACCCCGACACGGCCCACCGCGUCUCACCCGACAUGUUCUCGUGGUUCCCCCUCUUCUUCCCCCUGCGCGAGGCGCUGUACCUCCCCUCCGGCGCCGAGCUCGAGGUCAACAUCUGGCGUCUCACCGAUCACAAGAUGAAGCGCGUGUGGUACGAGUGGAACGCCGAGGUCUACCUCCCCGUCACGAGCCAGGUGCACCACUCCAACCACGAGCAGCAGCCGCCAAAUGUCGGCCGCGUCAAAAUCGGACAGUCCGUCCUGCACAACGCUGGCGGGACACACUAUUGGGUCGGUCUCUAG